UAUGGAGGAUUUGAGUUUUUUUGAAGGAAAACGACUUACUGAAAAGUUGCCUCUUGAGGCUUUUAAGUCUACCUCUGAAGUUAAAGAAAAACUUCUCCUAGGACGAUACAGGAGAACAGACCCUGAGCUAUGUGAAUAUAUUAAAACAAUAUUAGGCCAUCCACUGUUCAAGUCUCUUAUGAUCAGCACCAUCGCACUCAAUGCAAUAUUUUUGGUUAUAGAGACUGAUUUUAAAGUUCGAUAUGAGUCAUUUUACUUCCUGGAGAUAGCAGAUCUGAUUAUUUUAGCCAUCUACACUACAGAGUUUCUACUAAACCUUUACCUGGACCCCAUAGAUUGCUGGAAGGAUGGCUAUAAGCGAUAUGAUGCAUUUGUCCUUUUCUUAGCUUACAUGUUAUAUGUUAUUGACAGAAGCAAUCCACAAAAGUACAGAUUCUGGAACCUGGUGAAAGGAUUCCAAGCACUCCGAAUUCUCAAACUUGUCUACUAUAGCACAGGAAUGACGGUUCUGAUGACAGCCCUGCGCAAGACUGUGAAGAAUGUGAUCUAUGUCCUUGUCUUGUUGUUCCUGUUAAUUUUUAUCUUUGCAAUUCUGGGUCACGGUUUGUAUGGAGAUCCUGACACUGGAGACGCGAAGAACUGGGGGGACCUGCCAUCUGCCUUUUUCACUCUUUUCAGUUUAGUUACGGUUGAUGGCUGGACAGACUUGCAGGAAGAACUGGAUAACAAGGGUCUCACUUCAAGCCGGGCAUUCACAAUAGUCUUUAUUCUCCUAGGAUUUUUUGUAUUUUUCAAUAUGUUUAUUGGAGUUGUCAUUAUGGAUAUUCAGGAUACGACUGAAGAAUAUGAGAGAAAACUUCAAGCAGAGAUGCGGGCUACUCUUCAUACAAAGAAACAGGCUAUAUUAAGAAGGCAACAAGAAGAAAUCAGUGCAUUGAUAAAUCAGCAGAAAUCGAGUGAAUAUAAAACCUUCAAUGAAUUAGUAGAAGACUUUAAAAAAACCCUGCAUCAUUCAGAUCCUAUGAUCUUAGAAGAAUUUUGUGCCAGUAUACCAUUUAUUGAUCUGUAUUUGACGUCUCUGGAUCGUCAGGAUGCCACAGUUUUUAAGCUUCAAGAACUCUACUAUGAAAUUGUUGCCACUUUGACUACCCUGCUGAAAGAGUCAGAGGCAACAUCUUGGCGAUCUCUGCAAUCUCUUCGAUCAAAAACCCAGCAACCAGAAUAAAUAAAAGUAUUGUUAAAAUAGUCUCCUCUCCAUUUUGUCCCUCUCACUCUUAAUAGUAAAGCCAGAGGUUAAUGACAAAACUCCAUGGAUAUCAGUAAAUCUAGGAUUCUUUUGAGUUUGUUCAUAUCUUGGGAAAUCUAAACAUAAUUUGACUAGUUUGCUAAUGUAUCUGUGUAUAUUGUAUCUUGUAAAUUGAUCUCAAGGCCAUGUGGUAACUGUUAAGCAGUAAACUCUUAUGAGUUCCGAAGUCAAUCUGUGUGAGCAUCAAGGUGUUUCUCUUCUUGUUUAUUAGUAAGAGCAUGGACCCUGUAAUCAUGUGGAAUUCCACCCCCUGGUGCUGUCGAUGGGAGCAUGUAACAUGCUUGCAUCUUGGACAUUACAUGUACAGUAAGGUUACAUAUGAACAGUUGCUUUGCAUGCUUGAUUGUGGGUUGCUGGGCAUGUGGCAAUGACUGAAUCUUUUAAAGUAGUCCUGUGUUUGCUUUAGUACAUUUC